AAUUGAGAUACGUAAUGUCAAAUGCGUCAGAUGUGGAGCCUUUGGCCAUCAGAGUGGUGAUCGUGAAUGUCCAUUGAAAGAUGCUAUUAUGCCAAAUGAAGAGAGUCGAAUAAAAAGAGAUGAUCCUUUAACUGCUAUCCUGGCUCAGACAGAUGCUUCUGAGCCUUUGAAGUGGGAGCUCAAGCAGAAGCCUGGACUCAGCCCUCCACGUGGUGGGUUCAAUCUUGAUGAUCCCAACCAACAGAUAGUUGCUGAGGACAUAUUUGAUGAGUACGGAGGAUUUCUUACUGCGGAUAAUGUACCUGAUUUGCUGGCCAGCUUAUCAAGCAAACCAAAUAAGAAAAAGAAGUCCAGUAAGAGCAAGCACAAAAAGCGGUCUUCACCAGCUAGACCAGAUUUACGUGAUCAAGAAGAAAUUACUUCAUCUUCGGAUGAUGAUGAUAGAGGAAGAACACUGAAGAAGAAAAAGCAUAAGAAGAAGUCUGGAAAGCAUUCUGUGUCUUCAGAGGACUCUGAUAGCCAUCGGAAAUGUAGUAGUAACCGACAGAGACAUUCACUGUCAACUAAGAGAAAGCAUUCUGAGUCAAGUUCAGAGGACGAUGAUAAUGACAGGCAUCGCAAAAGGAGUAACAGACACAGACGUUCACAUUCAAGUUCACCUGAGCGUGAAGAUAAGGAACACAGGAAGAAGAAUCAUAAUGAGUCAAGUAGGGGAAAGCAUUCUAAGUCAAGUUCAGAGGACGAUAAUAAUGACAGGCAUCGGAAAAGGAAUAACAGACACAGAUGUUCCCGGUCAAGUUCACCUGUGCCUGAAGAUAAGGAACACAGGAAGAAAAAGCAUUCUGAGUCAAGUAGGGGAAAGCAUUCCGAGUCAAGUUCAGAGGACGAUACUAAUGACAGGCAUCGGAAAAGGAGUAACAGACACAGACGUUCACGGUCAAGUUCACCUGUGCCUAAAGAUAAGGAACACGGGAAGAAAAAGCAUUCUGAGUCAAUUAGGGGAAAGCAUUCCAAGUCAAGUUCAGAGGACAAUGAUAAUGACAGGCAUCGGAAAAGGACUAACAGACACAGACAUUCACGGUCAAGUUCACCCGAGCCUGAAGAUAAGGAUCGCAGGAAGAAGAGUCGUCACUACCAUCAUCAUCACAGUCGGCACAAUCAUUCUGAUUAUUCAUGACGAUGAAGUUAUAUCAUCUAGCUGUUGCCUCCUAUAAAAGAGCUCCAAAACCUACUAGUGAUGCAAAAGCAGUAAAGGGAAAAAUGGUGAGCCACGUUAAACCGAUGGAAGGAAAGUAAUCAGUCAAAUCAUGGAGUUAGCUUCUUGCACCUCUGUAUCUAUGCAAUGUUUUCAUCUUGUGUGGCUAUCAAAUUGGGAUUCUUUGGCUUCCUUUUUAAGGUUACUAGCCCUUAUGCUUCUCCUAAUAGCAGAGUGAGUGCAAAUUUAUGGAGAAAAGUCCCAAAACAGUUGGGUAUCUUUGGACUUGGGUUUAAAAUGGUCCUAUUUCUUAUACAUGAGGCACUAAUAUUCCAUAUUGUUUUAUAAAGUGGUGCAGUUCCAGUCUUUGAACCAAACCACCGUGAGAACUCUAACGGAAGCCACAUAUCGCACGAGCCUCCAUCACGUGUUUUUUUUCUUUCAAAAACAAGAGAAUUCUCUCAGCAUCUUUGGACAAAAACCAUCGAACUUGUUCCCUUGUCCCAAUUUAUUAGAACCCUAGCUUGCAAAUUGGUGAUGAUUUUAGCUGAAGAGAGCGAAAUCUUGUGUGGAAUUGCAACAACUGUGGCCAACUUGUCUCCACAAAAAAAUGUGUGUUGCUUCGGUGCUAGAGAAAAUGUCAAGAAAGAAGCAUGCAAUUGUCGAUAUAAGUUGUUAUUUCAUGGAAAUAAUGAAAACAAUGCGGAGAAUUACUGAAAGAAGUCUGUGAGACGUGUUUGUAUGAUUGUAAGUUUUGCGAGUAGUAGACUGAAUUGUCAUAUUGUGGUAAACGAAUUUGUUCUUUGAAAAGCUGUCUAAGCAUUGAGUGUGUUGUUUGAUUCUAGCUUAAGAGGAACCAGCUUCUUUAGAGCCUCCCUCACCUGAGGUAUGGAAUUCUCACGGUGUUUAGUUAAAAAUAUGGACUAUAUAUUGUGCUCCAUGUAUGUAUAAGAAAGAAAUAGGGCUAUUAUAUUGUUUUCCACA